AUGGGUUUCAUGAUCCGGAAGCCAGAUGAUGCAGUGGGCUCGGCUGCCCCUGCCAUCAUCAUCGGCCUGUUCGUGGCGUUUGGUGGUGUGCUAUUCGGGUAUGAUACUGGUACAAUCAGUGGAAUUAUGGCCAUGAAAUACUGGCGCAAACUGUUUUCGACCGGCUACAUCAACCCUUCUGAUGGUCUCCCCGAUGUGACUUCGUCGCAGUCCUCCAUGAUCGUGUCACUUUUGUCUGCUGGAACUUUCUUCGGAGCCCUCACUGCUGCCCCGGUGGCCGAUCACUUCGGUCGACGGCUUGCCAUGAUUAUGGAUUGUGGUGUCUUUGUUUUCGGUGUGAUUUUGCAAACCGCAGCUACUUCAAUUCCCUUGUUUGUAGCGGGCCGUUUCUUUGCUGGAUAUGGUGUUGGUCUGCUUUCUGCAACCGUUCCCCUCUAUCAGUCCGAAACAGCCCCGAAAUGGAUUCGUGGAACGAUUGUCGGCGCCUAUCAAUUGGCCAUCACUCUCGGUCUGCUGGUUGCUGCCAUUGUCAACAAUUCUACCAAGAAUCGUCAGGACACUGGAUGCUACCGCAUCCCUGUUGCUGUGCAGUUCGCAUGGGCUAUAAUUCUCGUCGUCGGAAUGCUUAUCCUUCCGGAGACCCCCCGAUUCCUAAUCAAGCAAGACAAACAUGAGGAGGCUGUCAAGGCACUUGCACGUCUGCGCCGCCUCAACGUCAACGACCCCGCCAUUGUCGAAGAGCUAGUUGAGAUCCAGGCCAACCAUGAAUACGAACUACGCGUCGGCAAGGCUAGCUACCUUGAAAUCUUUCGAGGCGACCUGUGUAGGCGUCUUUUGACUGGCUGUGCUGUCCAGGCCUUGCAGCAACUUGCUGGUGUCAACUUCAUCUUUUACUAUGGCACGACCUUCUUCGAACACUCCGGCAUCAAUAAUAGCUUUGUGAUUACCUUAAUCACCAAUAUUGUUAACGUUGUUUCCACCUUCCCUGGUCUCUGGAUGGUCGAGAAAUGGGGUCGUCGCCCCCUGCUUCUGUUCGGUGCCGUUGGAAUGUGUGUCUGCCAGUUCAUUGUCGCCAUCGUCGGCACCACUGCAGAGUCUGGUGUUGCAAACCAGGUUCUCAUUGCCUUUGUCUGCAUUUACAUCUUUUUCUUCGCUUCCUCGUGGGGUCCAGUAGCUUGGGUUGUGACCGGCGAGCUGUUCCCUCUCAAGGCUCGUGCGAAAUGUCUCUCCAUCACCACAGCUACCAACUGGCUUCUUAACUGGGCCAUUGCCUACGCCACCCCCUACAUGGUGGAUUCUGGACCCGGAAACGCGAACCUGCAGUCCAAGGUUUUCUUUAUCUGGGGUGGAUUUUGCUGCCUUGCUGCUGUCUUUGUCUAUACUUGCAUCUACGAGACCAAGGGGCUUACCCUGGAACAGGUGGAUGAGCUUUACUCCAAGGUGCCCGUUGCCUGGAAGUCUAAGGACUUUGUGCCUUCUGUGCACUUCACUGAUGUCCGUGAUGUUGCUGCGGAGCGCAAGGGCGGAAACCUGGCCGAUCUGGAGGCAGAUGCAAGGGCUAAGCAAGACCUGGAGCAUGUUGAGAAGGCUGGCAGCUUUCACUCAUAG